GAAAUAUUUGACUACUACUUGCAUAUCCUGUGACAAUUGAAAUAACAAAGAUACUGAAUCUUGCAAUGUAAAUGAAGUAACAUGCACUGUUUUAAAUACAGAUAACUUUAUAAUUAGUGAUUUAAAAAUAAGCUGAAGCAAGUAUUUUCAUAUAUAAGAAUUUUGUGUUAUAUUGCCUACAACCUGACUGUUGAUAUUUUGUAUAUUCCUGAUAAGUAAAUAUUUCAGAUAAGUGGGAAAAGUUUUAAUGCAAAAUUUUAAUUCUCCUGUUAUGUACUGCUUUUUGAAAAAAGAGAAGAAGUGUGAAAAAGGAGAAAAAAAUUAAAGCAUGGACAACUUUUCUUAAUAAUAGUCAAAGAUUGCCAAUGAAGUAUUUUUGCAAAAUUCUUUUGCAGAUGGUUUGUGGCAAAUUUGUUUUAUCACUGUUUUAAGUAAAUUUGAAUAAUUUCCUAAAAUUUUUCAACCAUCUCUAUCAUGAGUACUGCUACUGAAUUAAAGAAAAAGCCCUACAACUGCAAUUUAUGUGAUAAAACAUUUAUUAAGAAAAGUUAUUUAAAAGAUCAUUAUAAUACACAUACAAAUGAAAAACCUUAUGUUUGUGAUAUAUGCUUGAAAGCAUUUCAUAGUAGGAAGAAUUUAACGAAACAUUAUAGCAUUCACAAAAAUAUUAAAUCCCAUACUUGCGAUGCUUGUGGUAAGUCAUUUUCUCAGACAUGUUAUUUGCGUGAACAUUAUCUCACUCAUACAAAUGCAAGGGCUUUUGCAUGUGAUGUAUGUAACAAGAUAUUUAAAAGCAAAGCUUAUUUGAUUGGACAUUAUCGAACUCAUAAAAAUGAAAGACCUUUUUCAUGCAAUCUGUGUGACAAGGCAUAUACUCUCAAAGCUUAUUUAACUGAGCAUUAUCGCACCCACACAAAGGAGAAACCCUUUAAAUGUGAUAUGUGUGGUAAAUCAUUUUCUCGGAAGAGUAAUAUGAGUGUGCAUUAUCGAACUCAUACUGGUGAGAAACCGUAUGCAUGCAAUAUGUGUGAUAAAGCAUUUUCGCAAUUAUCUCAGCUUAUCUGUCAUAAUCGUCUGCACACGAAUGAGAAGCCUUACCAUUGCGAUUUGUGUGACAAGUCAUUUUCUCGUAAGGGUUACUUGGAUACACAUUCUUUGACUCAUACAAAUGAGAAACCUUUUGCAUGUGAUGUGUGUGGUAGUACAUUUUCACAGAAAGGUCAUUUAAAUGAUCAUUAUCUUCUUCAUUUAGAUGAGAAACCUUUCAAGUGUGAUUUAUGUGGCAGAUCAUUUUUGAGGAGACGUCAGUUAAAGGAACAUGAGCGUAUUCACACAAAUGAGAAACCUUUUCAAUGCCACUUGUGCAGCAAAGCAUUUUAUCGUAAAUAUAGUUUGCAGAAACAUAUUCGCACACAUGCAACUGAGAAGUUAGAAAAGAGUGAAAGUUAGUUAGCUUUCUUAUUUAUAAGUGAAAUUUGCUGUACUUAUCUUUAAGACUUGUGUUAAAAAUGAUCCUCUUAUUUGUGGAAAAAUGUAAUAGUAGUUAUAUUAAGCUGUAAAUACAUUUUUUUGUCAUUUUUUGUUUCCAUUUUUAUUUUGUCAGAGAUACUUAUGUAAACGUUUUUCUUAACUGAAAGACUCUUCAUUAUAAUGAAUUUAGAGAUACAUUUGACAUUCUUUGAAAUGACAAAGCAUAGGUAGACUCUUAGGGUUUACCUUCUGUAUUUCUUAGCAAUAUAAAAUUUUCCAGGUUUUCUUUGAUAAGCCUUCGUAAGAAAUUUAAUGUAUGCUGUAUAUAAUAAUUCUGUAUAAAUUGUGCAAGUUGAGCACCUUUGAAAAUUAGAUGUUUUAGAGUAUAAUGGAACACCUAUUAUUACUAUUCAAACAAUUUAUUCUUAAUCAUCAUGUAACUGGAAUUUAGUGAAUCUAGCAUUAAUGAUUUUAGAAAUAUUCGAA